GAGCAGUUACAGAGAGGAAGAGAGAGAGACAGGAAAUGGAAAGCCGCAGUAACAACUCCUCUUUCUCGAGCCCCCGAGCCUACCUCCGAGCUCUGGCCCAGACGCCGGCUCGCCUGGCCCGCCGGGCCGGGUCGGUCUCCACGUCCUACGAGGAGAUGAGCCGGGUCCGGUGCCGGUCCGGGCCGGAGAUGGCCAAGACCCUCCGCUGGUUCGACCUCGUCGGUUUCGGCAUCGGCGGCAUGGUGGGCGCCGGCGUCUUCGUGACCACCGGCAAGGCCAGCCGCGGCUACGCAGGCCCCGCCGUCGUCCUGUCCUACGCCAUUGCCGGCCUCUGCGCCCUCCUCUCCGCCUUUUGCUACACCGAGUUCGCCGUCGACAUGCCCGUCGCCGGCGGCGCGUUCAGCUAUAUCCGCGUCUCCUUCGGAGAGCUCGCGGCAUUCUUGACCGGUGCAAAUCUCGUGGCGGAGUACGUGAUGUCGAACGCCGCCGUCGCCAGGAGCUUCACGGCCUAUUUCGGUUCCGCGAUCGGCAUAUCGCACACUAAGUGGCGGCUCACCGUCACCGGACUCCCGAAAGGCUUCAACGAGAUCGACCUCGUCGCCGUCGCCGUCGUCUUGAUCCUAACCCUCGUUAUCUGCUACAGUACACGUGAGAGUUCGGUGGUGAACAUGACGUUGACGGCGCUUCACAUCCUGUUCAUAGCAUUCGUGAUCCUCAUCGGGUUCUCCAGGGGCGAGUGGAGGAACUUCACCGAGCCGGGCGACCCGAGUAGCCCGGGCGGGUUCUUCCCGCACGGCGCCUCGGGCGUGUUCAACGGGGCGGCGAUGGUCUACGUGAGCUACAUUGGGUACGACGCCGUCUCGACCAUGGCGGAGGAGGUGAAGAACCCCGUCAAGGACAUCCCCAUCGGGGUGUCGGGCUCCGUCGGCAUCGUCACCGUCCUCUACUGCUUGAUGGCCGCUUCCAUGUCCAUGUUGCUCCCUUACGACAUGAUCGACGUGGAUGCGCCGUUCGCGGGGGCGUUCCGAGGGAGCGGAGGGUGGAGGUGGGUGUCGAACGUGAUCGGGGCCGGGGCGAGCUUCGGGAUCCUGACGUCGCUGAUAGUGGCGAUGCUGGGGCAGGCGCGGUACAUGUGCGUGAUCGGGCGGUCCGGCGUGGCCCCCGCCUGGUUCGCCCGGGUCCACCCCAGGACAUCCACGCCCGUCAACGCUUCCGCUUUUCUGGGAAUCUUAACGGCAGCCAUUGCGCUCUUCACGGACCUAGACGUCCUCCUCAGCCUCGUCUCCAUUGGCACCCUCUUCGUCUUCUACAUGGUGGCCAAUGCGGUCGUGUACCGACGCUAUGUGGUGGUUGGGACCACCGACCCGUGCCCCACCUUAUCGUUCCUAUCCGCCUUCUCCCUCACGUCCAUCAUCUUCGUCCUCAUAUGGCACCUGGCGCCUCCGGGCAAGCCCAAGUACUUAAUGCUCGCCUCGUGCGCGCUCGUGGCCCUCGUUGUCGUGCAGCUUUUCCAUUCCACCGUCCCCCAGGCCCGCAAGCCCGAGCUAUGGGGCGUGCCUCUCAUGCCGUGGAUCCCUUGCGUUUCCAUUUUCUUGAACAUUUUCCUGCUCGGGUCGCUCGACGGCCUGUCCUACGCGCGGUUCGGGGUCUUCUCGGGCGUCGUGGGGCUCAUCUAUGUCUUCUACGGGGUUCAUGCUAGCUUCGACGCCGAAGGGUUCCCGUCGAUCGGGGAAAAAUACGGAGAACUAGCGAAGGAACCGGAGGGUGUUGUCAAUUAUAGUCUCAAAGUGUAGAUUACAGUUAUCUUUUCAAUUAGGUAAACUUUAGACUUUGGUUAAUCUUUUCUCGUAUUGGUCAAAAGGGUGAAAGCAAAGUGCAGACCCCCAUGUAUCUUUUUCUAUGAAAACGUAAGCUGUACAGCUUUUAAAG